GAUUUCCUUGGUUUCUACGCUGUAAUUUUCCCUCAUUUCUACCAUUUCUCCUCCAUUCAAGCUCUCUUUCUCCUCAUCUACUGUCUUUUUUUCCAACAGAUUUUAUCCUUCUUUGCCUGAGCAAUAAGCAGGGCCAACAACUUCUUUGCUUGAGCAGUGAGCAGCGGCGUCAGCAGUCCUUCAGCUUCCUUGGUUUCUCCGCUGUAAUUUUACCUCAUUUCUACCAUUUCUCCUCCAUUCAGGUUGUCGAUGGCAACUCUUGUUUUGGAAAAUAGGCAAUGGAUUUGUCGAUAUCAACUUGUUUCAUUUGUGCAUCAAGGAAUGUUGAGAAUUAUAGUUUCAAAGAUUCGUCAAGUUGUAUCAAGACAAACUACAAAAGUACAACCAUGCAAGGGUUCCUAGGCCAAAUGGGGACACUACAGCCUUUUGUUUUGUUCUUUCAAGCCCCUUGGGAAGAUGCGACCAUUGAAUAAUGGGGGGCAGCCACCCCCCUGAGCUUUUAAAAAUGUCUAAAAAGUCUUCCCUCUCCCUCCUUUCUCUUUUCCGUUUCCCUUUUCUCUCUCUUUGUCCCCUCACGUUCAUUUUUCUGAUUGAUUCCGGAAGGUGCUCCAGUUCUCCAGCAAAGUAAGAAUGUUAUAAAUGAUGUCAACUUCAAGAAUUCAAAUGAAUAGUUACCCUUCUAAAUCAGUAGAGGGAGCACCACGAGGAGAACAACUAUCUAAACUUAAUUCUUUGGCACCUCCACUAUAAUAGGAUUUGGAGGAAGAAUUUGAAAGCUAUGAGAAAAGGAUGGAAGAAAUGAAAAGGACCAAAGGAAAGCAAAUGGAGGAAGAUGAUGAGGAAUAUAAAGAAGACUCAAAAGAGGAGCAAGAGGAAGACAAUGAUGAGGAAGAUGAUAUUGAUGAUAGUCUUGCUAAAAGUUGUGAGGAAUAUCAUUAGAGCUAAAGAAAGCACAACAAAUAAAACUAAAAAAAGGGGAAGAGUUUGUCAAAAGAAUCAACCUCCUGAGGUCGCUCAACAAUCUCAACCUCAAGGCACUCAACGAAAACCAAGAGGUAAAACUUCUAAAGCUUGCAAAUACUUUGUGUACUUUAUUGGUCCUGAUGGGAAACAAAAGGGGAGGUGUAAAUGGGGUAAUGCUGUCAUAAAAGCUUGUUCUUCAAAUAGUGGGACUUUAGGCCUUAAGAAACACAUAACUAGAUGAAAAUUAAAUCCCAAAAAUUUGACAAAACAAGCACAAUUGAAGUUGACAAAGUUUACAUCUGUUGAUGGAAGUAAGUCAGUGCAUUUAGAGCAGUGGAAGCUUGAUGAAGUGGCAACUAGGAAGGCAAUUGUUGUAAUGAUUAUUUUAGGUGAGUUACCUUUUAGUUUUGUUGAGAAAGAAGAAUUUUUACAUUUUUGUGCAAUAUGUCUUGCACAACAUUUUAAGCCUCCAUCUAGGAGAACUAUCACAAGAGAUAUCCUUGCUUUAUAUUGUGACCUUAGAGAUGAUUUGUCCAAAUUCUUUUAAGGAUAGGAAGAUGAGAGUCUCUUCAAUUUGAACUGGUUUGCAACAAUUAAAAAAGCACUUGCUUUUAAAAUGUCUUAUUUUUUUAAUAAAUUUAAAAUUUUAUU